UGCUGGCAUGGACGUGUCGUCGGCGAGCUGUCGGAUCUCUACGCGCGGUCCCUUCUUUCCGGAUCUCUGAGGAAUCUGCGCGCGACCACGUCCGACGCGUGCGACCGCGAAUGAGAGCGAAGGGGGAGUGAGACGGUGAAGAUGAUGACCGAUGUCGGGGAGGCCGGAGCGGCGGAGAUUCAAUUGAAGCCCGAGAGCGAGGAUACAGUGGAUUUCUCGGAAGCUGUAGAAAAGCUCGCGGAAGGUCUCUUGAGUAUUUAUCAACCUCCGCUGGAGCAGGUUAAGCAGGAACUUUCCGAGCUGACAAGCAAACAGGAUGCCCUGCUUGUUCGAAUGCAGCUUGAGAAUAAAAAGAUAAACGAGACAUUCGAAGAUAUAGAUUUAAAUGAUAUGUUUUCAGCUGUUAAAAUUUAUCAGGGAAAGUUAGCAGUGAUAAGGAAAGAAAUGAUUAAUGUUCACGAAAGGACUUCUAAACUAAAGAAACGCGUGUUGCGUUUGCAACAGAUUAAGCAAAAGGAAGCGAUGAAUAGAGAGCAACAACGUGAACAAGAGUUGCGCAGGGAACAGGAAUUAAUUGGCAAAUCUACAAUCAAUUGAGCAUGUAUAAAUCGUAAUAAAUUAAUAUAAAUUAUUUACAUAAGAGAAAUGUAUGCAUAUGAGGAAAGACCCUAUAUAAGAGAAGUAUAUAAGAAAUCAUGUAUUCAUACAAUUGUUGUUUAUAAUAAAAUGUAUGUUAAAAUUA